CUAAUACAUAGAAAAAAUAAAGUUUGUAUAAAACUUUUUCUAUUUUGUUUGUCUAUGGUUUUCUAACCCUACUUUUCAAAUGCAUGUCAAAUACUUUUGGAAAAACGUGUAUUUUUUAAUAAAUAAUGUCUAUAAUAAAAAUGAAGGAACUAGAGUUGGAAAAUGAUAUAAGCGACGAAGAAGGAAGCUGUUCGGAUGAAGAUUUGUGCGAUACCAACGAAAUUAGUAGAGAAUUUUCGAAUUCAAAAUUGUUGUUUGAAGAAAACUUUGGAAAAAAUAAAUAUUUAAUGCAAUUAAGCAGUACAAAUGAUAAUAAUCCAAAUAUAGGAGUUGGCUUAUCUGAUAAUAGUUUUCAUGUUUUUAAUUUAAAUAGUCAAUUGGCAAAAAAUUGUACUUUGGGAGGUAUAACAGGGUCCAUUGUUGACUGCCAAUUUAGUCAGGAUAAUAAUAAUUUAAUUUACACUUGUUCUAACGAUGGCAAUAUUAAAUUGUUUGAUAUAAGAACACCCAAGGCUGCUGUUAAAAACUUUGUAGACUCAACUUGUGCAGAAGGCAACAAUAAAACUUUCAAUUGCUUUGAUAUUUCACCAAAUGGCAAAUUAUUAAGUGCUGGAUGCGAUUUAUUUGAAGGCGAUGCUUUUCUGCUAUUCUGGGACGUAAGAAGCAAAAACUUACUGGGUGGUUACUGGGAAUCACACACAGAUGACAUAACGCAAGUGAAAUUUCACCAAAAUGACAGUAAUAAGUUAAUAUCUGGAUCCACAGAUGGCCUUAUUAAUAUAUAUGAUUUAUCACAGACAAAUGAAGAUGAUGCUCUUAUUGAUUCAAUGAAUACCGAGUCUUCUAUAGAGAAAUUAACGUGGUACAGUGAAAAUAAAGAUGAUUAUAUUGGUUGUUGUACACAUACUGCCGAUGUGCAAAUAUGGAAAUUGGAUGAUGCUGAACCUUCCCAUCAUAUUAAAAGAAGUCAGAUUGCACAAGAUAUUAAGAGAAAAAGUGAGAAUUAUGUUUAUACUGUAAACACUCAUCAAACAGAAAAAUCCUUAUUGAUUUUAACUGGUUCAAAUGCACAUGAUGGUGAAUGUUUAAGGGCUUUACAAUUUUGUAAGAAUAAAGUUGGUCCUGCUUUUUGUUUUAUUGAUAAUACACAAAGAGUUAAAAGUAGCUCAUAUGUAAAAAAUGCAAAGGUCUUGUUGACUGGUGGAGAAAAAGGUGUUUUAAGUGCUUGGAAGUGCUGAAAUAGAACUGAUUAGAAGGAAAAAUAAAAGCAAUUGAUAAUUUUA